ACAAACUUAUAUAUAAGUGCUGUCAAUACAAGGCAUAUGGAAACUAGUGUUCGGACAAUCUCCACAAAGACGGACCAAAUGCAUACAAACUUUAUACAAGUGUCGUCCACACCAAACACCGAUAGGUGUCCAUCGGGACCACCGGUCCAGUGGAAGUCACUAUUAGAUGUGGCCUCAAAGGCGUACUUAGCGCCCAUAGUUUUCACUGGCAAACUGAUCUCAAUCACUGAAGACUAUAGCGGCCGAAUUGGUGCCACAUUUCAAGUGAAGAAACUAAUUAAAAACCAGAGUUUGAUGCCAUCAAAUGUGGUGAUUACAAGUCAUGUGACAUUAUAUUUUGUUAGAAAUAAAUCGGUGAAACCGGAACCACCCUAUUGUGCCAUUUAUUUAGAUAAUCAAUUAAUAGACAGUUUGCGGCCACAGGAAAAAUAUAUAAUAUUUGCUGCGACCACCAGUGCUGGUAGUAAUGGCAUAACCAGCAAUUCUGUGCAUUAUUUUAAUAGUAUUAAUAGCAACAAUAGUAAUGUUAGUCAACAUCAUCAGAAUCAUUGGAUGCGGUUGAAUAGCAGCACCGGUAGUAGUACUAGUAGUAGUAGCAGCAGCAGCAGUACCGGCUCCUCUACUGGCGCUCAUCCACUCCAUGCGACCAUCAAUUUGAGUAUAUAUGCCUCUCCAGAGCCACACAGCAAGCGCUCCGCACGUCUUGUACGCAAAGUGUUGUGUCAGAGAUGUGCGAAGACACCUAUUGUGCGCCAACUUAAUGGUGACGUCCGCAUCCCGACAAAAGGCACACUAAGAUUACGGUGCAAAGUGUCCGGCAAUCCAUUACCACGAGUUGAAUGGUUUCGAAAUGGAAAGAGACUUAGAAAUAGAGGUCGGACUGUCAUCAGAGAGCACCGACACACGUCUCGCCUUGAGAUCCGUCGCGUUAAUCCCAGUGAUGGCGGAUAUUAUGAAUGUCGUGCCAUUAAUGUCGUGUCGAGACAUCCAUCCACUGCCAAACAUCGUGUCUAUAUAAUCAAAGAGUCAUCGGGUAGUGGCAAAUGGCAGUCUUCAUCGUCAUCGACGUCCACAACAACCACAAGAGGACCGUUGUGGCCACACGUGCGUCCGUGUCCUAUACCAUCGUUUUGUUUGAAUGGCGGCACAUGUACUCUGUAUGAGUCAGUCGGUGAAUACGUUUGCCAGUGCGCCGAUGGCUAUGUGGGUCAGAGAUGUGAGAGUAAGGACAUCUACUUAAAACUAACCGUAAUGUUUGAUCAAAUACAAUAUGAUUAA